AUGUUACGAGUUUGUGUAGCCUAUCUUCAAUUCUCUCUCUCUCUCUCUCUCUCUCCCCGUUUUGAUGUAAUCUUCUGAGAAAUUUGGAAAACCUUUGAAAAAAUUGUAGCAAUUCCCUACCCAUCUUUACCUAAUCACGAAUUUACAGCACAGAGCAAUUCAUCUUUCUUUCUUCUUUUUUAUUUUAUUUUUCUUUUUUAUCGUUUUCUCUUCGAUUUAGGUAUACCCAUCUGAAAAUUUCGAAAGAAAAUCCAAAAACAGUUGAUACCCAUCUCACAAAUCCAUUAGAAAAACAGAACAAUAGAAGAUUUGUUCUUAAUUUCUUCCCUAUAAAUCAAUACCCAUUUCUCUGUUUGUAGGGAAAAUGACCGAUACAGGGUUUUCAAAGCUCUCCGAGGACGUUGUUCUCAACAUUUUCUUCAAACUCGAAGACGAUCCUCGAAACUGGGCUAGACUGGCUUGCGUUUGCACCAAAUUCUCUUCUCUGAUUCGCACCAUUUGUUGGAAAAUAAAAUGCUCCCAAACAAUCCCCUCUGUGGUCUCCGAUCUCCUCUCCGACUCCGCCACCGCCCCUCUCGGCGGAUGGGCCUCUCUCCACAAGCUCGCCGUCUGCUGCCCCGGCCUCCUCCACGCCGGAGUCUUGUUGGAGAAUUCGGAUUUUGGGCUCGAGCGAGAGAUCGGACCCGAUGAGAAUUACCACGAAAACAGGUUAUUUCAAUUGGGCCAGUCCCGAACAAUGCCUUCUUCGAGCGCAAUUGAAGGUGAUUCAGAGGCGGUUGUUUCUGGGUCUGAGUGUUCUUGGUCUUUAUUUGAUGAUCUCUAUUUUGAUACUGUUUAUAAUGCUUCUGAAUCUCUAGAUCGAUCUGAAAUGGAUGAAGAACCUGAAAAUGGUGUUGUUAAGACAGCUUGUGAUUUUUCUGUAUGUAAGAGAAGGAAAAUUUGCAGAUCACUUAGGUCUCAUUUGGCUUCUGGGGUUUGGAAUUUGAGUCGCGAACAGGGCAAUAAAUUGCUCGCGAGUCGAUUCAGAGGGGAUUGUUUAUACAUUUGUGAUUGGCCUGGUUGUGUGCACAUUGAAGAGAAGAGAAAUUACAUGCUUUUCAGGGGGAUUUUCAAGAAUUUCAAGAAAUCCAGGGUUUGGAGGACGAUAAACGAUGGGAAUCGUAGCAAGAUUGAUCUGAAUUGCGCAUUUUGCUCGUGCAAACAGACUUGGGAUCUGCAUUCUGCCUUCUGUUUGAGGAGGGUUUUCGGGUUCCAUGAAGACGGCGAACCAGUUGUUCGAGCUUAUGUCUGUGAGAAUGGGCAUGUCUCUGGGGCUUGGACAGACUGGCCUUUGUACACUUGAAUUGGCUCUUCCUGAUUUAUGUGUAUCUCUUUCUUUCCAUUGUUCUGAUGAGUAGCUUUGGAUUGUUCUCAAUAUGUGUUACCAGAUAUAUAUUGUUGUAGUUGAGUUUCCUCAUUUUAAUGGAUUUAUUGCUUUACUUAUUGUUGUUGUUGUUAUUUCAAUUAUCUGUCUUAACAAAUUAGCUUUGAACUUCAAUAAAGAAAGAUGUGGUUUGAUA